AUGGCGGGUGAGGAGGACCUUGAUGGUGGCAGCAAAGUCUGGGAUCGCGUCAUUAACGGCCACUUGUUGUCCUCAUCUGGAUGGGACCUGAAGGAAGGUUGGGUGGAUCAGGGGCAAAUCGGCGCAGGACCAGACUCUGAGCCCUAUGAACCCCCCGACGAUUGGCGGGACCGGACCCAUCACGAUCCACCGUGCGAACAUUCACUGGAGCAAUCGUGGCCACCGAUGUGGGGCGUGAUAUCUUGGCAUCACCGGGUGUCUGAAUAA